AUGCUAUCUUCACCACUUCCCCCCUUGAACGCUCUUCCCGAAGAGCUUGCUCAUCAUGAGAAAGUCGGCCUCGACAUACCCGAUAGGGAGCCGCUCACAGUUGAUGAGUUCGUCCGGCACCGCGCCUCAUUGGCAUCCUCACAGCCAGUGAUAUCCUACCCUCGAGCCGGCAUCGAAUACGUCGACUACCCCCUGCGACAACUCGAUGUCUUCGCCUUCAGAGUCGCCAAGGCAAUCACUGCUCAAGCACCGCCACGGAAGGUCUCGUCUGAAAAACCAGCCGUUAUUGCGCUGCUGGGCCCGUCCAACCUCGACUACCUUGUCAUGCUUCUAGCCGUGACGAAGCUCGGGCAUGCAGGUCUCCUCCUCUCGACGAGCAUAUCCACCGAGGCAUAUGCGUCGCUACUGGAGAAGACGGGGUCCAAGCAUAUCUUCGUCCAUGCCUCUCUUCGUCAGACAGCCGAGGUACUUCGCCUCCGGAUCCCAGGGUUGCACAUCGACGAGAUCCCGACUCAGGAGGUUUAUGAUUACCCGGCACCCUGUGACGUUGACACGAACCUUACACCUCAUCUGGAUUCCGAGGUCGAGUCGCAGCAUAUUGCCUGGAUUAUUCACUCCAGCGGCUCGACGGGGCUACCUAAACCCAUUUUCCAGACGCAACGUGCCGUUCUCAAGAACUACGCGGGGAAUAUGAACAUGUCCGGAUUCAUAACACUGCCUCUGUAUCACAACCACGGACUCAGCUGUCUCUUCCGAACCGUCCACUCGUGCAAAACACUGCGUCUCUACAGUGCGGAUUUACCGCUCACCAAGCAGUAUCUGCUGGAUAUCAUGCGCUCACACGAGCUUGAGAUCUUCUACGGUGUGCCCUACGCGCUGAAACUCCUCGCGGAAACCGACGAAGGUAUCGCUGUGCUUGCGAAACUGAAAGCGGUCAUGUUUGGGGGUUCUGCGUGUCCUGAUUCAUUGGGUGAUCGGCUCGUGCAGAACGGUGUCAAUUUGAUCAGUCAUUAUGGAACGACCGAAACCGGCCAACUCAUGACCUCGUUUCGCCCCGUUGGAGAUAAGGGUUGGGACUGGGUGCGCCCUUCGGACGCAGUCAGGAAGUAUCUUGCAUUCGAAGAGCGCUCUCCCGGCAUAUUUGAACUGGUAGUUCUCGACGGCUGGCCGUCAAAGGUCAUGUCGAAUAGACCGGAUGGCUCGUACGCUACCAAGGACCUCUUCCUCAAGCAUCCAGCGAUCGAGGCGUACAAGUACUACGCGCGACUGGACGACACGAUUGUUCUCGUGAACGGCGAGAAGGUGAACCCGUUGGACAUGGAAGGGCGGGUCCGGCAGCAUGAUGCCGUUUCUGAAGCGGUUGUCUUUGGAGCAGGGAGGGCUUGUAUCGGAUUGGUGGUUAUUCGUGCCCCUGGCGCUGACGAUCUAUCCGACGCGGAGAUCAUUGAGGGUAUUUGGACUGCGGUGGAGCAGGCCCACGGGGCAAUGCCUGCGUUUGGACAACUCUCGAGAAGCAUGGUGCGAGUGCUCCCGUCUGACACGCAGUAUCCGCGCACCGACAAGGGCACGGUCAUCAGGCAGGCGUUCUACCGGACUUUCGGCAAUCUGAUCGAGGAGGCGUAUGAGGCAGAGGAUGCCGUUACGGGGACACUCAUUCUGUCGGAACACGAUUUGAGAGACUUCGUGCGAGAGCAGCUACGCAACCUGCUUCCCUUGAAGGAACCCGGCGCCUUGACGGAUGAUGCAGAUUUCUUCACCUUGGGGAUGGAUUCCCUGCAGGCUGCCCAGUUGCGGUCGGUCCUCUUGAAGACGGUGAACACAAGUGGGCACAGACUCGGACUGAAUGUUACAUUUGAGCAUCCUACUAUUAAUGCUCUCACUCGGUAUCUGAGCGCACUCGGUUCUGGCGAUUCGGGAGCUGUCGAGUCCAUUGAAGACAGAAUGGAUGCCCUCAUUUCAAAAUAUAGCCAAUUCAAGAAGCAUGAGCCGCUUCCGAAUGAGCGGCAAGGACGAUACGUCGUGGUUACAGGCGCGACAGGGUCUCUUGGAAGCCAUGUCGUCGCCAAGCUCUCGGUGCUUGAGGAUGUACAGAAGGUGUACUGCCUUAUCCGAGCUGCCUCGACAGCGGAAGCUGACGAUCGCCUGCGGAACUCACUGCGAGCCCGAAAGGUUUACGAUGGGCUCUCUGAUGCCGUCCGCAGCAAGCUCGUCGCUCUCCCAUCUGAUCUCUCGCAACCCACCCUCGGGCUAACCUCGUCAACCUACGACACACUGAUGAUGGAGGUAACAGACGUGAUUCACUGCGCCUGGUCCGUCAACUUCAACAUGCAGCUGAGCAGUUUCGAGCGCGACAGCAUCGGCGGCCUCAAAAACCUCAUCGACCUGUGUCUGAAAUCGCAACGACCCGCCCCCGCCUCCUUCAAUUUCUGCUCGUCCGUCAGCGCCGUCGUCAACACCGACGGCGAGCACAUCCCCGAAGCCCUCCCACAGAAACUCAGCGACGCGCAGAACAUGGGCUACGCCCAGUCCAAGCUCGUCGGUGAACACAUCUGCAUCCAGGCCGCCCAGCACACGGGCCUGCGCGCCCGCGUCCUCCGCAUCGGCCAGGUCAUCGGCGACCAGCACCACGGCAUCUGGAACCCCACCGAAGCCAUCCCUCUGAUCCUGCAAUGCGCCACCACCAUCCAUGCCCUCCCGGCCCUCGACGAGUCCCCGCGCUGGCUUCCCGUCGACACCGUCGCAGGCGCCGUCAUCGACCUUUCCCUCCGGAGCAACGAAAACCCACACCUCGUCUUCCACAUCGUCAGCCCGCACCCCUUUCACUGGACCAGGGACCUCCUUCCGUGUCUUCGCAGCGCGGGUCUCGCUUUCGAGGAGCUCCCGCCGCGCGAGUGGAUCCGUCGACUGAGGGGGUCGCAUCCCGACCCUGCAGUAAACCCGCCGAUCAAAUUGCUGGAUUUCUUCGCGAGCAAGUAUGAUACCGAGCAGCCGCGGCGGUCACUACGAUGGUCUACGGCGAAGGCGAGCGAGGUGUCGUCGACGCUGGCGCAGGCGAGGCCGUUGGAUCAGGCACUCGUGGCGAAGAUGGUGGAGUACUUUCGGAGAGAGUGUUGGUCUGCUUCUGCUGCACGAGUGGUGAAUUGA